AUUAACGUUAGAUUUCCCCUUAAAUAUCUGUCCUCUCAUUCGCCGCUGCCAAAUAAUUGCACAGAGCCGCACCAGAAAAACUAAACCAUAAAAAAAUGACAACCACCACGUGCUACUCCGUCAAGAUACUCUCGGCCUUCAACACUUUCCAGACCACGUUCUCGUCCGCCGCCACGCGCCUCAGCUUCGGCGGCGCCAGAAAGCAGCUGCAGCCGCCCUGCGCGGCGGCCUCGUCGGCGGAGAUAGAGGUGCUGCAGAAGGGCAUAGCGGAGCUCUACGACGAGUCGUCGGGGCUGUGGGAAGAUAUAUGGGGAGAGCAUAUGCAUCAUGGCUUUUAUGACCCGGAUUCGUCGGUUAAGAUAUCGGAUCAUCGGCUCGCUCAGAUUCGUAUGGUGGAGGAGACGCUCGCUUUUGCUUAUGGUUCUGCGGAACCAGCUAAAAUACCAAAAAAGAUAGUUGAUGUCGGGUGUGGAAUAGGAGGCAGUUCAAGGUAUUUAGCAAGGAAAUAUGGUGCUAAAUGUCAAGGCAUCACCCUGAGCCCUGUACAAGCCCAAAGAGCUCAAGCUCUUGCUGCAGCUCAGGGACUAGCCGACAAGGCUUCCUUUCAAGUUGGAGAUGCUUUAAAUCAACCUUUUCCGGAUGGAGAAUUUGACCUGGUUUGGUCCAUGGAGAGUGGUGAACAUAUGCCUGACAAAAAGAAGUUUGUUAGUGAAUUAGCUCGAGUGGCUGCACCAGGAGCCACAAUAAUUAUUGUUACAUGGUGCCAUAGAAUUCUUUCCCCUUCUGAGGAGUCAUUGCGCACAGAUGAGAAAAAACUGUUGGACAGGAUCUGUGAUGCAUACUAUCUUCCAGCUUGGUGUUCUGCUUCUGAUUAUGUGAAAUUACUGGAGUCCCUUUCUCUUCAGGAUAUAAAAACAGCAGAUUGGUCAGAGAAUGUUGCACCAUUUUGGCCUGCAGUAAUAGAAUCAGCUUUGACAUGGAAGGGUUUCACAUCGUUGCUUCGAAGUGGAUGGAAGACAAUUAGAGGGGCGCUGGUGAUGCCAUUGAUGAUUGAAGGAUAUAAAAAGGACCUGAUCAAAUUUUCAAUUAUUACAUGUCGGAAACCUGAAUAGAAAGAGAGCUAGUUACCCAUGAACUCUCUCUUUUUAGCCUCCUUCGCCAGCAAAACUUUAGGAACGUGCUUGGAAAAACCCGUAUUAUGGCAGUUACUGCUAAAUAAUAACGCUGCAACAUUACAGGAAGACAGGGACCCUGUUUCCGUUAGUAGUACUGUUUUUUUCAGUAGAGGCAACAAGUAUGCGUUGUUUUACAGCUAUACGAAGGGGCAGAGCGCGGACAUCUACGGGUAAAGUGCCUAUGUUUUGUGUUUCAUUUUACCGGGUGGAUGCUUCUCCCUUUCAUUCUUGAAAGCUGAUAUACUUUCAGACUGUGUUUGCUUCAUGGAAUUGCUCCGGGCUAUUAGCUAAUUUACUAUGAUUUUCUUUUUUACAUUUCA